AUGGCUGACCGUUAUUCCUUUUCCCUCACCACUUUCUCGCCCAGCGGCAAGCUGGUGCAGAUUGAAUAUGCUUUAAAUGCCGUCAACCAGGGUGUCACUGCCCUCGGUAUCAAAGCCACUAAUGGCAUCGUUCUUGCAACUGAGAAGAAGUCCUCAUCGCCGCUCAUCGACCCCCCUUCGCUCUCCAAGAUCUCUCUGAUCACCCCAGACAUCGGUAUGGUCUACGCCGGCAUGGGUCCCGAUUACCGUGUGCUGGUGGACAAGGCUCGUAAAGUGUCACACACAGGCUACAAGCGUGUCUAUAAUGAGUACCCUCCAACCCGUAUCUUGGUACAGGACGUUGCCCGGGUGGUGCAGGAGGCCACGCAAUCUGGUGGUGUGCGGCCAUAUGGUGUCAGUCUGUUGAUUGCUGGUUGGGAUGAGGGCAUUGAGCCCGAGUCUGAGGAGGCCACAAAGGACUCAUCUGAGGAGAAGACACCUAGCAAGACUGGUGGUAUCCAUAAGGGUGGACCCAGUCUGUACCAGGUCGAUCCCAGCGGCAGCUACUAUCCAUGGAAGGCGACGGCCAUUGGCAAGCAUGCGACAAGUGCUAAGACUUUCCUGGAGAAGCGAUACACUGAGGGCUUGGAACUGGAAGAUGCCAUUCACAUUGCGCUGUUGACACUCAAGGAGACCAUUGAGGGUGAAAUGAAUGGAGACACAAUAGAGAUUGGUAUUGUUGGUCCGCCCGCAGACCACUUGCUGGGUUACGAGGGUGUGGAGGGCGCGCAGGGCCCACGAUUCAGAAAGUUGACCAAGGAGCAGAUCGAGGACUACCUUACCAACCUAUGA